AUGACGGCCAGGUAUCUCGAAACCCUUUCAAGAGAUUUAACAAAACUCUACGAAGUCAGAGAUACAGCUGAUGUGAUUAUUGAAAUAGAAAAUUCGUCAGCCAAAAAAGCCUAUAAAGCACAUGGAAUUAUAUUGAGUGUUAGGAGUGAAUAUUUUAGAAGCAAAUUGCAAGAUAACGAAGCAAAUAAUGGUGAACAAACGAUCAGAUUGGAUGAUUUUGAUGAAGGAGAUUUUGAGGUUCUAUUGAAAUAUAUCUAUACCGGAAUUCUCCCACCUUUAGCAGAUACUUCGCCCACAAAAUUACUCGAGUUGCUACUCUCAUCUCAGACACUCUGUCUGUUAGAUUUGUGUUCAUAUUUUCAAGAACGUUUAGUGACAGAUCAUGAUGAGUGGAUACGAGACAACUUCAUAUCCACUCAACAAUUAGCAUUUACAAACUCUGACUUUGCAAUACUUCAAAACAGGUGUAUUUCACUGAUCAUAGAAACACCAAAGACAUUCCUCUCUGCAGACGACUUUCCGCAUCUCUCAAAAAUUGCACUUGUACGCCUCCUCCAACGAGACGACUUGUCUCUCAGCGAGGUACGCAUUUGGGACUAUACUUUUCGGUGGUGUAUUUCUCAAACGUCUCUUUCCUCAGAUGUAUCUACAUGGACUAAGGAAGACUACGACGUUCUUAAGAGCAUACUAGAAGAUUUUAUACCUUGCAUCAGGUUUUUCCAUAUUUCUUCGACUGAAUUUGCAAAUCGACGUGGACUAUUUGAGAAACUAUUGCCGAAUAAAUUGUACAAAGAGAUAUUACAAUAUCAUACGAAUCCAGAGCAGGAGAAUGAUGAAAAGGUCUUACAGAGAAGACGUGGGAGUGGUAAUCAGAAAAGGCAAGAAAACAACCAUCGCCAAAAAGCGAUUGUAAACGCGGAUUCUGUCGUAAACACUGAUUCAUCCACCAUAACAAACUGUCUGUCCACACUUGCAUCGCCCCCUUUGGAUGACACCCUUCUGACUCCUAGUCUUUCCGCUUGGAUCUCUGGUUGCAUCGAUCAUUGGACAUUUCCCUCUUCGUCUCUGUCCCAAACAUACAAAUUUUCUCUCCUCCUUCGCGGUAGUCGUGAGGAUUUUUCAACAGAUGUCUUUCAUUCUCUCUGUGACAAUAAGGGUCCGACAGUUGUUAUUUUACAAGUAUCCGAAACUGGAGAACUUGUCGGUGGAUACAAUCCCAUUGAUUGGUUAUCGCCCUCCGUGAUGACGUAUGCUAAAACGCAAGAAGCUUUUUUAUUUUCCUUACAAAGGGAUAAUGUAAAGAAUGCUGUUUUGAGUAGGGUUAAAGCAGAGAAUACGGCUAUUUGUUAUAAUAGUGCAAGAGGACCCGUGUUUGGAAGCAAUAAUGCACCAGAUUUGAUGAUGCAGAGUAAUCAAUAUCCAAAACGAUGGUUCUGUAACCAAGGCAGUUAUUCUUUGCCAAUCAGGGGAGAGUGUGGGGCAUUUUCUGUAGACGAGUAUGAGGUUUACAGAGUAUUCAAGGGGUGA